GGCCGCCGGGAAGGCUGCGGCUUCCUCCUUUCUCUUACUGGAAGUUUGAGAGAUGGGAAAGGCGCCUGGAGGGGCACGUGCGCCCCGCCGAGCCGCAGCGUAGCUUCCAUCCUACAAUCCAGUCUUUCUUUCCACCGGCCGCCGAUCUCCCGGCGCUGGGAGGUGGGGAACGCGGGGCGGCGCCGGCCGUGGAUGGAGGUAGUACCGUUGUGGACUGACGCCUACCUUUCUGGACCUGAAAGUGAAGAAGAGAAAGCAGAGGAGGAGAAGGGUCGGUGCCCUGGGGUGUGAUGCUCUGAGCCCCGGCCCCUCCCCUGGGACCUGAGCAGCCCAUGCAGAUGGCUCCUUUGGAGAUCCUGACCAAGGCUCUUCUGUUUGGCAUGGGGUUUCUUGCACAUUCUCCCAGACUCAGGUGAGACCCUGAUGGCCACCCGGCAGGGCAGGUACUGACACAUGCCCCAGUCCCAGCCACGGACGUCAUAGCCAACUCAGAAUCUAAAUGCCACAGUGCUCUUGGGGCCAGUUGGGCUGGGGACCACUGUUGCCUUUUAAGACCAUAAAACCAUGGGAAACGCAGAAAGCCAGAAUGUAGACCAUGAGUUUUAUGGAGAAAAGCAUACCAGCCUGGGGCGCAAGCACACGUCCCGCUCUCUGCGCCUGUCACACAAGACCCGGAGGACACGACAUGCUUCCUCCGGGAAGGUGAUCCACAGGAACUCCGAAGUGAGCACCCGGUCCAGCAGCACCCCCAGCAUCCCUCAGUCCCUGGCUGAGAAUGGCCUGGAGCCCUUCUCCCAGGAAGGCACCCUAGAUGACUUCGGGAGCCCCAUUUGGGUGGACCGAGUAGAUAUGGGCUUGAGACCCGUGUCUUACACCGACUCCUCCGUCACUCCCAGCGUAGACAGCAGCAUCGUCCUUACGGCAGCCUCUGUGCAGAGCGUGCCAGACUCGGAGGAGCGCAGGCUUCACGGGGAUGACGCUCCAUUCUUGGCGGAGGGAGGCAGGAGGCAGCAUCCCUGUCCAUCCAACGGGCCCGCUUUCAUGGAGACAGCCAGCUUUCAGAAGAAACGCUCCAAGUCUGCAGACAUCUGGCGAGAGGACAGCCUGGAGUUCUCACUCUCUGAUCUGAGCCAAGAACAUUUAACAAGCAACGAAGAAAUCUUGGGUUCUGCUGAAGAGAAGGACGGCGAGGAGGCUCGGGGGAUGGAAACGCAGGCGAGUCCGCGGCAGCUUGGCACCUGUCAGCGUGCCAACUCCCUGGGUGACUUGUAUGCUCAGAAAAACUCUGGGGUGACGGCAAACGGGGGACCGAGGAGCAAAUUUUCAGGCUACUGCCGGAAUUUGGUGUCUGAUAUUCCCGAUCUUGCAAACCAUAAGAUGUCACCAGCUGCUGCCGAAGAGCCUCCUUCAUACAGUAAUUAUAACACACUUCCCUGUAGGAAAUCUCACUGUCUUUCCGAAGGUGCCACCAACCCACAAAUUAGCCAUAGCAACAGCAUGCAAGGCAGAAGAGCAAAAACAACUCAGGAUGUUAACACGGGCGAGGGCAGCGAGUUCGCAGACAGCGGGAUCGAAGGGGCCACCACUGACACGGACCUCCUGUCCAGGCGAUCCAAUGCCACUAACUCCAGCUACUCGCCUCCCACCAGCCGGGCCUUCGUGGGCAGCGACAGUGGCAGCAGUUCCACCGGGGAUGCGGCGCGCCAGGGGGUGUACGAGAACUUCAGGAGGGAGCUGGAGAUGAGCACCAACAGCGAGAGCCUGGAGGAGGCGGGCUCCGCACACAGCGACGAGCAGAGCAGCGGCACCCUCAGCUCCCCCGGCCAGUCGGACAUCCUGCUGACCGCCGCGCAGGGCACCGUGCGCAAGGCCGGCGCGCUGGCCGUCAAGAACUUCCUGGUGCACAAGAAGAACAAGAAGGUGGAGUCGGCCACCCGCAGGAAGUGGAAGCGCUACUGGGUGUCCCUGAAAGGGUGCACGCUCUUUUUCUACGAGAGCGACGGCAGGUCCGGGAUAGACCACAACAGCGUUCCCAAGCACGCUGUCUGGGUGGAGAACAGCAUCGUGCAGGCUGUGCCCGAACACCCCAAGAAGGACUUUGUCUUCUGUCUCAGUAAUUCCCUGGGUGAUGCCUUUCUCUUUCAGACCACCAGCCAGACGGAGCUGGAAAACUGGAUCACAGCCAUCCACUCAGCCUGCGCAGCUGCCAUCGCAAGACACCACCACAAGGAAGACACGCUCCGGCUCCUGAAGUCAGAAAUCAAAAAGCUGGAACAGAAGAUCGACAUGGAUGAAAAGAUGAAGAAGAUGGGUGAGAUGCAGCUAUCUUCAGUCACAGACUCGAAGAAGAAGAAAACCAUAUUAGAUCAGAUCUUUGUUUGGGAGCAGAAUCUUGAACAGUUCCAAAUGGACCUAUUUCGUUUCCGCUGUUAUUUAGCCAGCCUCCAGGGCGGGGAACUGCCAAACCCGAAGAGGCUACUCGCUUUUGCCAGCCGACCAACGAAAGUGGCAAUGGGCCGCCUCGGAAUCUUUUCUGUGUCAUCUUUUCAUGCCCUGGUGGCAGCUCGCACUGGCGAAACUGGAGUGAGAAGACGUACUCAGGCCAUGUCCAGAUCUGCAAGCAAGCGAAGAAGCAGGUUUUCUUCUCUGUGGGGUCUGGACACUACCUCCAAAAAGAAGCAGGGACGUCCAAGCAUCAAUCAGGUGUUUGGAGAGGGAGCUGAUGCUGUAAAGAAAUCGUUAGAGGGAAUAUUUGAUGACAUUGUUCCAGAUGGCAAGAGGGAGAAAGAAGUGGUCUUACCUAACGUCCACCAGCACAGCCCUGACUGCGACAUUUGGGUCCAUGAGUAUUUCACUCCGUCCUGGUUCUGUCUGCCCAAUAAUCAGCCAGCCCUGACUGUCGUCCGACCUGGGGACACGGCGCGGGACACUCUGGAGCUCAUUUGCAAGACACAUCAACUGGAUCAUUCUGCCCAUUACCUGCGCCUGAAAUUUUUAAUGGAAAACAAGACUCAGUUCUACGUGCCGCAGCCCGAGGAGGACAUUUACGAGCUGCUAUAUAAAGAAAUUGAAAUUUGUCCAAAAGUCACUCAGAAUAUCCACAUUGAGAAGUCUAAUACAGCUGCUGAUAAUUACGGGUUUCUGCUUUCCUCUGUGGAAGAAGAUGGUGUUCGGAGGCUCUACGUGAACAGUGUGAAGGAAACUGGCUUAGCUUCCAAGAAAGGUCUGAAGGCGGGGGAUGAGAUUCUUGAGAUCAAUAAUCGUGCUGCGGGUACCCUGAACUCAUCUAUGCUCAAAGAUGUCCUCUCACAGUCCUCCCUGGGCCUCCUGGUGAGGACCUACCCAGAGCUGGAAGAAGGAGUGGAACUGCUGGAGAGCCCACCCCACCGAGUGGACGGCCCUGUGGACCUCGGCGAGAGCCCCCUUGCCUUCCUCACCAGCAACCCAGGGCACAACAUCUGCAGUGAGCCAGGCAGUGGUGUGGAGACGGCUCUGGAAGAGACCGAAGGACCAGACUUGGAAUCCUCUGAUGAGACGGAUCACAGCAGCAAGAGCACAGAACAGGUGGCCGCGUUCUGCCGCAGUCUGCACGAGAUGAACCCCUCAGACUCCAGCCCGUCGCCUCAGGACGCCACGGGGCCUCAGCUGGCAGCCACGAGGCAGCUGUCGGACGCGGAUAAGCUGCGCAAGGUGGUCUGCGAGCUCCUGGAGACGGAGCGCACCUACGUGAAGGACUUAAACUGUCUCAUGGAGAGAUACCUGAAGCCUCUUCAGAAGGAGACUUUUCUCACGCAGGAUGAGCUUGAUGUGCUCUUUGGAAAUUUAACCGAAAUGGUUGAAUUUCAAGUAGAAUUCCUUAAGACUCUAGAAGACGGAGUGAGACUGGUACCCGAUUUGGAAAAGCUUGAAAAAGUCGACCAGUUUAAGAAAGUGCUGUUCUCUCUGGGGGGAUCCUUUCUGUACUACGCUGACCGCUUCAAGCUCUACAGUGCCUUCUGCGCCAGCCACACGAAAGUCCCCAAGGUCCUGGUGAAAGCGAAGACCGACACAGCCUUCAAGGCGUUCCUGGACGCCCAGAACCCGCGGCAGCAGCACUCGUCCACCCUGGAGUCUUACCUCAUCAAGCCCAUCCAGAGAAUUCUGAAGUACCCGCUUCUGCUCAGGGAGUUGUUUGCUCUGACCGACGCCGAGAGCGAGGAGCGCUACCACCUGGACGUGGCCAUCAAGACCAUGAACAAGGUCGCCAGUCACAUCAACGAGAUGCAGAAAAUCCAUGAAGAGUUUGGGGCUGUGUUUGACCAGCUGAUUGCUGAGCAAACCGGAGAGAAGAAAGAGGUGGCUGAUCUGAGCAUGGGGGACCUGCUGUUGCACACGACUGUCAUCUGGUUAAACCCACCGGCCUCUCUGGGAAAGUGGAAGAAGGAGCCGGACCUGGCAGCUUUUGUCUUCAAAACGGCCGUGGUCCUUGUAUACAAAGAUGGUUCCAAACAGAAGAAGAAACUUGUGGGAUCUCACAGGCUUUCGAUCUACGAGGAGUGGGACCCGUUCCGGUUUCGCCACAUGAUUCCUACCGAAGCUCUGCAGGUGCGAGCCCUGCCGAGUGCAGACGCAGAGGCCAGUGCCGUGUGUGAAAUUGUGCACGUGAAGUCAGAGUCGGAAGGGAGACCAGAGAGGGCCUUUCAUCUCUGCUGCAGCUCCCCAGAGAGCCGGAAGGAUUUCCUGAAGGCUGUCCAUUCGAUCCUGCGUGACAGGCACAGAAGACACCUGCUCAAAACCGAAAGCCUCCCCUCGUCCCAGCAAUAUGUCCCUUUCGGAGGAAAGAGACUGUGUGCGCUGAAAGGCGCCAGGCCAGCCAUGAGCAGGGCAGUGUCUGCCCCAAGCAAGUCUCUUGGGAGGAGGAGGCGGCGACUGGCUCGAAACAGGUUUACCAUUGAUUCGGAUGCCAUCUCAGCCAGCAGCCCGGAGAAAGAGCCCCUGCAGCCCCCCGGUGGUGGGGACACUGACCGCUGGGUAGAGGAACAGUUUGACCUUGCUCAGUAUGAGGAACAGGAUGACGUCAAGGAGACGGACAUCCUCAGUGACGAAGACGAGUUCUGCGAGUCGGUGAAGGGCGGCUCGGUGGACGGAGACCUGCCGGAGCAGCUUCAGGCUGCGUCCAUCAGCCAGCCCGAAAGUGGGCGGAGAGCCCUGGAUAGCCACGCGUCCCGCAUGACACAGCUCAAGAAGCAGGCUGCGCUGUCCGGCGUCAUUGGAGGAGGCCUGGACAGCACCAGCGAGGAAGUCAUCUGGGUUAGGCGUGAAGACUUUGCCCCAUCCAGGAAACUAAACACUGAGAUUUGACUGUGUCUCGUCCCCGUAGAGAAUGUCUGUAGAUACAACACCCCCUCCCACCCGUGCCGUCCACAAGAAUGUCCCCUUAGGUCACACUGUUGCACACAGCCUUUGGCAGCUGACUUGGGUCUGAAGCCAUGUAACCACCCACUUUCGUCAUUCUUAACGACAUCCGAGAGAAUUCAUUGUUCUGAAUCCCAAAUAAGAUUGAGUCCUAUCUCCUGUAUAUUUCCAAGGGCUUUUUUUUUUUUAAUUUAUUCUCAAUGAAUCAGGGCCUGAAGGAUGAGAACAAAGAAUCAAUACGCACUGGAAAGCCACAUCUCAACCACCGCCGCCCCCGCAGCUGUAGCAGGAACAGCGGUGACGGACAGGUUAGCACGCGAAGCCGCGGCUGCCACGCCGGCCCUCCCUGAAUCCAGUCUCCUCGCUGGGGAAUCACAGAAACAGAACAAACUUGAACGUCUGUACAGCCCGCAGCACUCUGACUUCUUUCCCUCUUCGGUGUCUGAGAAUAUCCCGUGUAUUUUAAGAAUGUGUGAAGAAAGGGUGGUCAUUUCUGUUCGAUGAGCCUUCCCCCCCGCCCCCUUCUGUUUUGGUCUAUGGCCGGUCUCCUUGUCAGUGUAUGGAAGUUCUAGUUUUGCAUAGAAUUAUAAAGAUGCCAAACUCUUAGAAAAGAGGUCACAAAUUUAUGAGAGAGAGAGAGAAGAAAAACCACUAUUUUUUGUAUUUUACCUGAGAUGCAGGGGCACAAAUAGGUGAGAAUUUUACAGUGUUAAGUCUAGCUCUGAGUCUAAACAUGAGGAUAUAACCUUUUGCAGAGAGUGAGGCAUGGUGACUUUAUAUUUAUAUACGAAAAGCCAGCAAGAAGCUCAUAUUAAGAAUAAACUCUUUUUUUUCCAGAAGCAGAUUCUUUUUCUUUUUAAUGUUGGAAUCUAUAUUUGAGAUGGGAGUUUGGUUGGAUUCUAUAUGACAGGGAAUGGGCAGUGUGUGUGUCUGUUUCACAUGGUAGGGGAGGAGGGUUGCCAUGGUGAUUGUUGGUUUGUUCCCAUCAAAACAGCAUCUUCAUCCAUAGAUGACCAGCCCCUUCCCUGACAGCCCGUAACCAAACCUCUGAACCAAACAACCUCCUCAAAACAUGUCUUGCAUUUAACACUUCCUUCACACCAACGAGACAGGGUAAAUACACUAAUAAACCUAACCUAACCUAAAUGAUGCCCAAACAGGAAGAACAAAAACAAGUUAUAGCACUUUCAGUUUUUUAAAAAAGGGUUUAUAGCACCCCCCCCCCCAUUUCACAAUGUCCACUUCCUAAGAAGAGUUUAAAUAAUAUGAAAACUUUCUUUUUGGGGAAAAUUAUCUAUUUGGUGUUUGAUACAUCAGUAGGUACUUUAAAGACCUGAAUUUUAUAGUAGCUUUAGGAAUUAUAUUUUGUAAGAAUCAGUUAUGACUUUAUAUUUCCAGACAAUAGAGAGUUCAGAACAUCAUGCUCUGUGCCCCUGCUUGCCUCUCCUGCUCUCCCGUCCUAUAUCCCUCCCCUUUCGGGUUUCCAGGGCUUGGAGCUUGAUCUUUUGAAAGUUUUAUUCUAUUAAAUUUUUGCUAUAUCUUCUGGUUUUCUUAAAAAAAAAAAAAAAAGCUUUAGAAUGGUUUCUAUACCCUUUGUAUCACUGCAUUGUUCCAUAUCAUCUCGGGUUCGAUUAUGUCCAGAUGGAAAACAGAAGCAGAGGCGUCAAACAGUCGCAUUUUUCUGGUCUCCCUGCAAUGCGUCCAUCGAAAAUACUGGAAAGUCUGGUGCUUAGAGAGGGUGCCAUUGUCUCUUGUACAUAAGGUCAUAACGUGUCUAUGUCAAAAGUUCUUAUAUAUUUCUUUUAUAAGCUGAAAGAAGGUCUAUUUUUAUGUUUUUAGGUCUAUGAAUGGAACGUUGUAAAUGCCUGCCCAACAAUAAAACUAUUGAAAAGA